CUCGUGGAUGUGGACUGGAGCUCGUGCCGCUGCGCUGAGCUGGGUGAAAAUACGUUAAACCUAGUCGUUAGCUUCAAACUACGCGAGCUUUAUCAAGUCAUAUGCGACGGAAUAUACAUAUAAACGAUUACACAGAGGACCCAAUACUUGAACGACAUUGUAUUAGCUCGGGCGUGUUCAAAAAAGAAGGCGAAAGAUUCACAGUUUGGACGCAGGCUAACAGGCUAAGUGAGCCGUCGGCAAGACCCCACCAACCAAAGAUUGAAACGGAGAUUAAAGCCAUCAUCUAAUCUAUUAAAGAGGAUAACCAAUGUCACACACACCAAUCCUCUAAAGCAGCGACGCCAAUGAACUGACAGGUGGAGUUUAUUUCCAUUCUCUCCAGCACACCCACUGGAAGGCCUGUCACAGGAGGGGCCUGUGCUAACUCCGUGCGCGAGUGUGCAUAUGGUCUGCUGAAAGAGGAGAUAACGCCACAGAGUCAGAAGAGGAAGUGCAGGCAUGGCUCAAGACAUUCCCUUGAGGCCUCGUCCCCCUGAGAUCUUUAUGUAAUGUUUCCUCAUCUGCUAAUAGACAUCAGCUGGACCUGAUCUAAUACAUUCGCAUGUACUCUCGUAAGGAAUUCCCUGAAGUGUCCCGAGGGAGAAGUUGAACUCUCGUCCAUUGUUCUUUCUUUUCCCCCUCCUCCUUCCUCAAUCACCAUAUACUUACCGAGGUAUCCCGGGACUCCUCAGAGCCCAAGGUUUCGUUUCGAAAUUGCUCCACUGACCUGGAUCAGUUCCCAGGAGUGUUAAGAGUGAGGGCUAGAGCUGCUCUUUUUUUGUGUUUGUUGAAGCUCCAUCAAUUGAGGUGUUUUUGUUCCUCUCGUUUGAUGUAUUUUGUCCCGAAGAGCUAGAAUUUGAUCUAAUCAGCCAUGCAGGUGUAAAUCUGUUUACUGGUGAAGAUACUGGAAACAAACCUGUGGAUCAGUAAUGCUUCGACUAAGGAAAGAAACACUCAAGGGUUUGUUUCUGAAGGUGCAACGUAGCACACGCUGGCUGAAAUGAAGGAGAGACAUUUUUAUAUUUUCUGAUAGUGUGGAUGGUGGGGGGAAACGGUCUAACGGUUGUGACUGCCAUCUGGUUCCUUCAUUAUUAUCAUUGCUCCAUUCAAAACUGAACUGCACAGAGAGCGAGAGAAAUUCUCCUGACACUUUUUUUUUUUCGUCUCGCACUGUUUUUUUUAUUGUUGUUGCUUUUAUUUUGAUAGUUUAUUAAACUCCUGUUCACUGCAAUCAAAAUAUAUUAAUUGGCAACUUGUAAACUAUUUAAAUUAACUCCAGUGCUGCAUGUAAAAGUCAAAUCAUAUAUAUUUUAAAUAUUUAUCAGCAUCAAAAGAAAGAAAGCCAAGUCAUACACGUUGUUCUCCUCUACCUCUUAACUCAUUCAGUAACACCAAAUCGCAUGGAGAACAUUUCUUUGUUGAGUGAUUAGACAUUUUGUUUUUGGUUUUUGUAAUGUUUCCAAAGCAUCGCCCAUAGUGGCACAUUGUCAUCAGUUCAUAAGACUUUUAAAUGAGCUUUUUAAAUGACCAAAAAGUGAUUUUUAUACUUUACAAGCUACAUUCAUAUUCAGUGAUUGACUUUUAAUAUUCUAUAAGCCAGAGCAUCUAAAUAUCAGCCUCAUUUACCACUUUGUUUUUCUUUCGUCAUUUUAUAUCACUAUUUUGAGGACUCUUUGUGAUGCCCAGUGAUGCUCAUCUUGUGGCCUUUUUUAAAAUGCUGAAAGGACAGCAACUCCUCCCUUAGUCUUUCUUUGGUUUGUGCUGUCCCGACAACACAAACGCACUCCCUCACGGAUAUAUUUCCAUCCUGCCUCCUGGGUGAUGCCGAGCGGCAGUAUGAGUGGGGGCGUCUCUGGACCCACUUCCCCACCCCAUCCCACUGUUCCAUCCAGACCUCUCCGGCCUAGUCGCUACGUGCCAGUCUCUGCGGCAACGGCCUUCCUGGUUGGCUCAACCACCCUCUUCUUCUGCUUCACGUGCCCUUGGCUUUCAGAGCAAUUUUCUGUUGCUGUGCCAAUAUACAAUGGCGUUAUGUUUAUGUUUGUUCUGGCCAACUUCUGUAUGGCCACUUUUAUGGAUCCUGGCAUCUUUCCCAGAGCUGAGGAGGACGAGGAUAAAGAGGAUGAUUUUCGGGCUCCCCUCUAUAAGACCGUGGAGAUUCGGGGCAUUCAAGUGCGGAUGAAGUGGUGCUCCACCUGCCGUUUCUACAGACCCCCGCGGUGCUCACACUGCUCUGUGUGUGACAACUGUGUUGAGGAUUUCGAUCAUCACUGUCCGUGGGUGAACAACUGUAUCGGCCGGAGGAACUACCGUUACUUCUUCCUCUUCCUGCUUUCCUUGACGGCUCACAUAAUGGGGGUGUUUGGCUUCGGCCUUCUCUUCAUUCUCUACCACACCCAGCAGCUGGACAGAGUGCAUUCGGCCGUCACUAUGGCCGUGAUGUGUGUCGCUGGGCUUUUCUUCAUCCCAGUAGCAGGCCUCACUGGUUUCCAUGUGGUUCUGGUGGCAAGAGGCAGAACCACCAAUGAGCAGGUGACGGGGAAGUUUAGGGGAGGUGUAAACCCCUUCACAAAUGGCUGCUUGAGGAACGUUUCGCAUGUUCUCUGCAGCUCCCAGGCACCCAGGUAUCUGGGUAGAAAGAGGAAGGCCCAGACUGUGUCUGUUCAGCCUCCUUUCCUCAGACCGCAGCUUACCGAGGCUCAACUGGCAGCUAAGGUACUUGACAACGGAAUCCAGGGAGACCUGCACCGGUCUAAGAGCAGCUUGGAGAUGAUGGAAAGUCAGUCUGCUGAUGCUGAGCCUCCGCCUCCACCUAAACCAGAGCUCAGAUACCCGGGACUGUCACGAGGACCUGCCGGACACUCUGAGGAGAGUAGUCUGUUGAAUAAAGCUCCACCCACCCCCACUAUGUUCAAAUACAGGCCUACAUACAGCAGUCCGGGCAAGAAUCACACUGCCCUCACUCAUGCCUAUGCUAACCAGGUAAAUCUUCUGCCUGCUCAUAUGAGUCGUGGGGACAGUCUUAAAGAGUCCUCUUCCUCUCUCCUGCAGUCCAGUCAGCAGCCCGGCUAUCGCUCUGAGCCCAGUCUGGAUGGGCGUGAGGGGGGAGGAGCGGAGCGAAGCGGGGCCGAGCGAACAGGUGGGGGCCCUGGAGGACCUCCAGGCUCAGGAAUCCCAGGCUACUCCCUAGGAGGUCGCUCAUAUCCCUCCUUUUCUGAUCCUACAGUGCUCGCCGAAAGAGCCUCGCGAUCCUCCAGUGUUCGCUCCACACACAACGCCCCGCCAUCCGAAGCCACCACCUCCACCAGCUACAAGAGCUUAGCCAAUCAGACUCCGCCGCAGGCUGCGAGGAACGGCAGCCUGUCCUACGAUAGUCUCCUUACACCUUCCGAAAGCCCCGAUUUUGAAUCGGCAGCACCAGAGAUGUCUCCGGGUCGCCCACGAACGCCCGUAGUUGGAUAUAGCUCCCCCUUCCUGUCAGCACAGAUUGCCCAUCAGAGGGAGGCGGAGCUCCACCAGCCGGUGGCCUCUAGCUCCGCCCUCCUGGUCUCUCCUCAGCAUGCAGUGUUUCUCCGCGGCUCCGGCUCUCCACCCGUUCCUCCUGAGCGCGAGCGGGAGCGCCUGCUGCAUGAUUCACAAGCUCAGCACCAUCACCACCACCACCAUCAUCACCACCACCAUCGGCCGCCCCGCUUCUCUCGACCCCCUUUGCUCUCUGACUCGGGCCCCCCUCAGCCUUCGUGCCCCUACCGCACCCGCUCCACCGACACCACCCACCCGCCGCGCUCGCCGCACCCCCCGCCGCUGGGCAAGUCUCUGUCGUACUCUAGCGCUGCCGCUGCAGAGAUGCAGUACCGCCUGGUCCGUAAAGCCUCGGCCUCGGUUGCGGGAGGGGGCAUUCAGGCGCCAAAGGACGAGAUUCAGAUGAAGUCGUAUAGCCGGACAAACGGGCAGCCAAAGCCUUCUUCCACCCCCUCGUCCCCCACUCAUCCCAUCAGCGUGUCCACUCGCCCAGGCCAGGCACAUUCCAGUGCCGGCUCUUCCCAGAGUCCCGCGCACAAGCCUGGAGGCGGCGUGAAGAAGGUGACAGGCGUCGGAGGGACCACUUACGAGAUCUCCGUGUGACAGACGAGCCAUAGACUCAUUUCUUCACCAUAGCGGAGAAAAAAAUAAUAAUAAUCACGCAUGCCAGACUUUUAUCGGUGGCUGUGCAAGUGUUAGGAAAUCAUAGCUGACCAGCAGGUUUUGGUUGGAUUUGACAUGGAGGAAGAGGAGGAGGAGGAAGAGCAGGGAGUUCAUUCAUUCAUUCACCGUCACGUGAUCAGACUUCAAGACUUACACAUAUGGAGCUGGAAGACCAAGUCAAUGUGACGGCAAAGGACCGGAUUGCCUUCAAAACAUUUCAAGUACAUAAGAGAGAAAAAAAAAGAGAUUUUUAUCUGCCGUAAAUGUGUAAAUUGUUCUGUAUAGAGAAAAAAUGGUCACUGUUUUUGUUUUGUUUUCAAAGAGUGGAUUUUGAUUUUUACCAAAAGGGGACCUGUGGCAUUCAGUAGCCGUUUCAGACCACUGUGAUUGGCAUGCGACAAUGUUGCGUCCGUAUCCAAUCUGCGCUAGGGAAGCAAAACGCUAGGAAAAUAAGAAAGCAAAUGCAUUAUUUAAAUGACCGCAGCCUUUUCAAAUCUAGUGUUUUCAGAGCAAUGGCCUUGGAAAUUCAAGGAGGAAACAUGUUUUUAUUUAAUUCUUAAAGUGUUAUUUUAUAUGACUUUAUAAAUGGUUAUUGAUAAAAUCAAACAAUGAUUUUGUUUUUCUACAAAGGCUGAUAUUUGUUCUCGAUGAGCUUUUAUCUAAUCAUAUAGAUGGAUAAAGAACUAAUGGUCGCUCCAAAAACAGAGGAAUCAGACGUAAAUCAUAAUUGCAGAAAGUUGCUCAUAACACACACACACACUUACACAUGGAGGAGCCCAAUCUUUGGCUCGUAUUUCAAAUGGUAUCUUGUAAACAUUGAUUGUCUGCCUCUUAGGUUUUUUUCUUUUAUUAAUACAUGAGGGGCAAAUCUCAUCGGUGGCCUUGACUAGCCAGCCAUGUAGGAUUUACACCACCACAGGAUGCUGGAAGACCAUAUCAGUGCCCUCUGAUUGGACGACAGUUCAGCCAAUCAGUGGACGUUAGCUGUCAAAUCAGAAAGCCUUUUUUUAUUAUUAUUUAAUGCUUACCUAUCACUUUCAGAAAAAGAUUGUCCCAUUUUGCAGUCAUUUCAAUCAUUGUCUGUCUCGUCUUUUUAGAUCAGGGCUGGCCAAUCAGGGGACAGAUUUUGUUUUGUUGUUUUUUUUUCUGGUGAUGAGUUCAUUCAUAGGAUUUUUUUAAUCAAAAAGAUUAACUGAGGGGAAAGAAAGAGAGAAGAAAGUGUACUGUAUAGUUCAGUGUGAGUGAAUAUGGUUGUGAAUAUGUGUAUGCGCGCGCGUGUGUGUGUUUGAGCAUUGGUAAUAAACUCUUUAUAAAUCA